AUGAUCGCCAAAACCCGGGAAUGUCUGCACCCAAACCCCACCCUCAGGGCUAAAGUUGUGGUCAAUAACAAGAUAAUGGGCACCAAAUGGGAGAGGUAUGAGCACUCGGAGCUCGAUUUGUUGACACAAAUCAAGUACUCACUCGAAGACGACGUGAAACACAACUUUUUGGAUCCGCUAAGUCGUUUGCAGAGCGCAGACCUUCGGGAGUGUAUGAAUUCGCGGCGCAAACUGGAGGGUCGGCGACUCGACUACGACUGCACGAAACGCAAGAAGUCUAAGUGA